UUGAUGAGCUUAGCAUCUUCCAUAGUUUCCUCUCAUUGUGUUCCUGCGCUUCUAGGUAUCAUUUUGCCUGCUUAUCUGAUUGUUUCUGUAGUUUUCUUGUUUAAUCUUACUUAGAAGAUAGUUAUAUGAGUUGAAAUUAACUCUGCAGUAGUCUGUCAAUGGAUCCGUGUACAAUAAGCCGAUGCUCUGGAUUCAUAUAAUGAAGGAAGCAUGGUAAUGUGCACGGAGAUUGAAUCCUUGAGUCGUCAUGUCUGCUCUCUCUGACGCCCUUCUAGGGUUUAUGAUUAGCGGGCCUGGAUUAGACUCACAUUUCAUCUUCUCGAACUCAUCUGCAGAGUAUUUCUAAUUUAGUGUAAAAUGUUGAUAUUUAACCUAGUUUCUGGCAAGAUCGAUUGAUCGGCAUAACAUUAAUUUCUUGAAUUUGAUUGAUGUUCAUUCAUAUAUUCUGCAUUUUAAUGUGUUAAGUCUUAAAUUUAUGGAUCUAAAUAGGAUUAAAUGUUAGCUUUUAAACAAUAUCGGAGUUAGAGCGUGGCUUGCAUAACUGAUUUGAUUUUUUAGAAUUAAUUUGUUGGAAGUUUGUUUUUCAAUUCUGUUCAGGAGUAGACUGGAUCAAAUUUGUUGUGUAUAAUGUCAUAUUGCGACGUUUCAACCAAAAUUUUAUGUUCAAUGCGCUUAUUGUUUGAAUCAUGAUUUUGCGGCGGUGAUGGAGAGAUGGACGCUCCGGCAUCCCUAUUCAACACCCACGUGAAGCUGUUAGCCUUUGAUCUGCUCACUCUCGUGCCGAAUUCUGUAGACCAAACCUCAUUCUCCCGCAAUGGCGUUCGCCUCUGUUGGGCGGAGGCUGUGGGCGUGGUCGUAAGCCGGGAGUUCAAGCCAGGAAGGUUUUUGAAAUUCUCCAUUGAUGACACCACUGGUUGCAUCCCCUGCGUGCUUUGGCUCAACCAGUUGAGCUCUCCGUAUUUCUCUCGCAGAAGCCCACCAGAUGUUCGAGCAAUUGCCGAAAUGGCUGUCAAGUUUGCCUCCGAAGCUCAACUCGGCGUCCUCGCUAGAGUCCGGGGAAAGAUCACCGGCUACCGCGGAUCCGUACAGAUAACUGUGUCUGACGUCAUCGUCGAGAGAGAUCCUAAUUUUGAGAUCCUCCAUUGGCUAGAUUGCAUUAAGCUAUCUCGUAAUUGUUACAAUGUUAGUACAACCACUGUGGAAACAUCUAGAGACCAGAAAUGUUAGGCGUGUACGUUGCCACGUACUAUGUACUUGAAUUUGGUUUUGUUAACUGGCAAACAGAUCAACAAAAA